CCGGAAAGUGUGUGGUGACGGCCGCUAUGGCUGAGGCGCAGGCUGUAGUUGCGGAGUCCCUGGCGGGCUACAGGGUUCGGGCGGCACGUGCGGUACUAGAGCAGGUGGUGCUCCCGGGUGAGGAGCUGCUGCUCCCUGGACAGGAGGACGGAGAAGGCCCAGGAAGUGCAGGGGAGCGACCGCUGCGCCUGAACGCCGGGGCGCGCUCCCGGGGGCGCGUGGUGUGCGGCCCGGGCUUGCGGCGCUGCGGCGACCGGCUGCUGGUCACCAAGUGCGGCCGCCUCCGUCACAAGGAGCCCGGCAGUGGCAACGGCGGUGGCAUUUACUGGGUGGACUCGCAGCAGAAGCGGUAUGUCCCAGUGAAAGGAGACCACGUGAUUGGCAUAGUGACAGCUAAGUCUGGAGAUAUAUUCAAAGUGGAUGUUGGCGGGAGUGAGCCAGCUUCUUUGUCUUACUUGUCAUUUGAAGGUGCAACUAAAAGAAACAGACCAAAUGUGCAGGUUGGAGAUCUCAUCUAUGGCCAGUUUGUGGUUGCUAAUAAAGAUAUGGAACCAGAGAUGGUCUGUAUUGACAGCUGUGGACGAGCCAAUGGAAUGGGUGUGAUUGGACAGGAUGGUCUGCUUUUUAAAGUGACUUUGGGCUUAAUUAGAAGGCUGCUAGCUCCAGACUGUGAAAUCCUACAAGAAGUGGGAAAACUCUACCCACUGGAGAUAGUAUUUGGAAUGAAUGGAAGAAUAUGGGUUAAGGCAAAAACCAUUCAGCAGACUUUGAUUUUGGCAAACAUUUUAGAAGCCUGUGAACACAUGACAGCAGAUCAAAGAAAACAAAUCUUCUCCAGAUUGGCAGAAAGUUGAUCUAUGUGGGCUUUUUUAUGGGUCAGUUGAGCCAAGAGACUCUGGGUUUCCCUGGGGGGAACGUUUCUCAGGUGAACCUCUCCCCAUUAAAUCUUCAGAAGACAAGGUGUCUUAUUAGAGUCCUAAAUAAAAUAUUUUUAU